CCGCGGGGCAGCCGCGCGAGGGCCGGCCAUGCCGCCGAGGGCGCUGGUGACGCUCCGCCACGGGCCCUACCGGAGCUGCGGGGUGGUGGCGCACCGGCCCUUCCGCCUGCGGGGCCUGCAAGCUGUGUUAAAAGAAGAUGGACACCAGGUAGUUCUUGAAGAAAUCCCAGACUGGAAUGAUGUACAGCUCAUAGUGAAUGGCGAGACUGUCUUUCAGUGUGACAUCAAUGACCUGGAUUUUGGUGGUGAUGGCAAAUUGGAUCCCCUUUGUGAAGCAGCUAGGAUCGCAGUGUUAAAUGCCUACUGAGAGGCAUCUUUUAAAAAAAUUUUGAUACGCUCAAGCAUUAUGUCAUGCUCUCUGUCCCAUUUCUCCAAUCAAUAAAUAAGGA